UCACACGUGUUCAUUUCUUAUUUAUUGUGCAGCAGUGAGAGAGAGAGAGAGCUUGCGCUCCACCACAGGCCUUCCUGAGGUUGUUUUGCCGUGCAAACAAACACGGAGGUGCGGUUCACUCAAAGUUUUUUAUCAACACAUCCGCAGCUCUGUGAAUGUCUUUGGCGUAUCAAACCAAAUGAAAAUGUGAACAGUCGGCGCUCUCCAACGCUCGGGGCCGAUAAGCCCAAGCCACGCCCGGCCGGCGGCGCCUGAGUUCUUGUCUGAAUAAUUCAUCUUGACGUGAUAUUUUAAGACGGCGUGUUUUGCGUGUGUGCGAGCGGCUGCUAAGAAAACCAAGCGAGCAAUGAGAAUAGCACCGCUAAGCGCCAAAGGCCCGAUUGGCCUUCCUUUGCCCGGCGACACUACCCUGACCGCAUGAGCCCGGCCAGCGGAGGGGCGCUCAUCUCCCUCCCACGCGGGCCUCACGGGUCACGUCUGGUCUUCCGGGAUCCUGGCCAUCAAUGACUGGAAUUCCCUCCACGUAUCUGCUAGCUAAGGGCUCGGAUGACUGGGAUGCCGACUGAGGUCAGAGUGUGACUCGUGAAGCCGGACGGAGGAAUGCGCAUGGCCGCUUGCUAUUGAUCCUUGUGAAGUGAAGGGGGACUUGGGGUUAGCUCUGUGGGCUGAAAGUCAACAUUUGGAGCCAAGAUGUUAGGCUUGGAUGAAGCAGCAAAAGUUCAUCCAUCUAUCAAGAAAUGGAGGCUGUUGGACACCAGUUUUGUCCAAUGCCAUGUUUGAGCGCAUGUUUGAACUCUGUCCAGUGGACACGAUCAUCAUUUGGUCUGCAGCGCUGCCUCUAUCACUGUCACUCUGGUAAACGAGCGCUGACGUCAGAGCGAGCGUUUGAACGGGGCUGACCUACUUAAGCGUUUGGCCCGGCAGACGCGUAACCCCGCCCGCAUCAAAACAAAGAGCCGCCGCCAUAUGCCCGACCGAGCUCUGCUACGCGCCUCCGGAAAGCUGUCUGUCCUUUUCUUUCUGGGUCGGCGAAGAGAAUGCGCUGCCUCGGCUUUGGUACGCUUGACAAAACCUAUGGCCGUACGUAGCCGCGUUUUCGGCUUCAACUUCAUCCAUGCCGUUCUUCGCUCUCUUUAUUGAGCGAUGACUCCUCCGAAGCAUUGGGGAGUCCCCCUUCUUAUUUUCCGUUAAACGGCCGCUAGGCACGAACGAGGUCAUUGUCUGGUUCCGAUGAAUAGAUGGAUCCCUUUUCACACACGGGAUGGUGCCUAUUUAGUUGCUUCGUAGCUGCGGCUGAAGAGUUUCUAAUCCGAGGUUGGGCCUUCAUCUGACAACAACUUUGACUACAACAAAGCCUUUUGGCCAAAAUUGGGACCCGGCCCAAAUAAAAGGAAUCUGCACGCAAAUGUCAGUCAGCGCUCUGUUGUCUUAUGGGAGCCUCGACGGAGCGGAGGCUGAGCCGCGGGCCGUCCCUCCCGAGCAGCAUCACCUGCCAACACCCCAAAGCGCAUAGAGCUCCUUUUCUUUCCAGGCGCCCGGAUCCGCCAGGGAGAAAGAGAACCACGGGCUCCAGACUCUUGAUGCAUCGGGCCAAUCGGUGAAACGGUGGGCCUCGGCCGCCUGUCCUCGGGAGACAUGGCCCGCCUCCCGCUCUGCGCUCUGCUACUCGCCGUCGCUCUGCGCUCGGCCGCCGCCACCGAGCACGACGUCACCCCUCGACUCACCUUCUCCUACAAUGCAGAGGAGAGACGAUGCAGGAGUUUCUCUGUGGGCGGAGUCUUCAACUUCACGUCGCUGCUGCUCAGCAAGGAGGACAACGCACUGUUUGUGGGCGCCCGCGAGACUCUCUUUGCGCUCAACCUGUCGGACGUCGGCGCGCUCAAGCCGCAAAGAGCUCUCUCGUGGAAAACUCCGGACAAGAAACGAGGCGAGUGCAGUUUCAAAGGAAAAGACCUGCGGACGGAUUGCUUCAACUACAUCAAGAUCUUACUGCGAGUGAACGGCACUCAUCUGUACGUGUGCGGAACGUUCGCCUUCAGCCCCAUCUGCGCUUACGUCAACACUGCAAACUUCUCCCUGGUCAGAAGUCACUCCGGCGAGAUUGUCACAGAGGACGGGCGCGGCCGCUGUCCUUUCAACCCUGGCUACCGGUCCACCGCCAUCAUGGCCGACGGAGAGCUGUAUGCCGGCACCGUCAGUAAUUUCCAGGGAAACGAGCCCGUCAUUUCCAGGAGUCUCGGCCAAGGAAGCUCUCUCAAAACGGAAAACUCCCUCAACUGGCUUCAAGAUCCGGCUUUCGUGGGCUCCGCCUACAUCCGAGAGACCCUGCUCGAGGGCGGCCCGAUGGGCGACGACGAUAAGAUUUACUUCUUCUUCAGCGAGGCAGGAAAGGAGUUUGAUUUCUUUGACAACACCGUGGUGUCACGCAUCGCCCGCGUGUGCAAGGGGGACCUGGGAGGAGAGAGGGUCCUGCAGAAGAAGUGGACCACCUUUCUCAAGGCGCAACUGUCGUGCUCGCUGCCCGACGACGGCUUCCCCUUCAACAUCGUCCGGGACGUGUUUGUGCUGACGCCCAGCCCGCAGGAGUGGAAGAGCACCGUCUUUUACGGAGUCUUCACCUCGCAGUGGUACAAUGGCGCCUCGGGAACCUCCGCCGUGUGUUCCUUCACUAUGGAGCAAGUGGAAAAAGCCUUCAGCGGCAGAUUCCGCGAGGUGAACCGAGAAACCCAGCAGUGGUCCACCUACAACCAUCCCGUCCCGGAACCCCGGCCCGGAGCGUGUAUCACCGACGCGGCCCGCAAACAAGGUGUCCUGUCCUCGCUGCACAUGCCGGACAAGGUGCUGAAUUUUGUCAAAGACCACUUCCUGAUGGACAGCGUGCUGCGCAGCCAGCCUCUGCUGCUCAAACGCCACGCUCGCUACACACGGAUCGCUGUCCAUCAAGUGGCGGCGGCGGCCCGUGAGGCCUACUACCGCGUGCUCUUCAUCGGCACAGACGACGGGAGACUCCAUAAAGCCGUGAGUGUGAAAAACAAGAUGCACGUCAUCGAGGAGCUGCUGCUCUUCCGCCGCUCGCAGCCUGUGCGGCACAUGCAACUGGACGCGGAAAAGGGUUUUCUCUACGUUUCCACUUUCUCCGAACUGGUGGAGGUCCCGCUAGCCAACUGCACUAAUUACCCGAGCUGCGGCGAGUGCAUCCUCUCCAGGGACCCGUACUGCGCCUGGAACGGCAGGCGCUGCGUCCGUGUCACACAGGCUGCGCCGAGCGACGUGCUGCUGCAGGAUGUGGACAACGCGGACGCUUCGGCCCUUUGCGACGAGACGGCGGCCGGCGCACACGCGUCGUCUUGCCAGGCGGUCGUCAUCCCCCCCAACACUUUCCAAGUGCUGCCUUGCGAGCUGCGCUCCAAGCUGGCCCGGAGGUCGUGGGUGUUCAGCGAGACUUCGGCUCACUCGCGCUACCUCGGCUCGGAGGGGGGGCUGGCGGUGGUGGCGGCGGCUCAGCCCGACGGCCAAGAGACCUACGAGUGCUGGUCGGUGGAGGAAGGCUUCCGGCAGCUGCUGGCCAACUACUGCGUGCGCGGCCAGCCCCAGCGCCAGCGCGAGGACGGCGGUGCCCGGACCGGCUGGACCCGCACCCCGGCCGCCUCGAGGGACGGCGCUGUCGUCCGGCCCGGUCAGGACGGCUCCCCGCAGAUCGACGCCAAGACCUACUGGAACGAGCUGGUCGUGGUGUGCGCCCUCCUGGCCUUCUCCCUGCUGGUCUUGGCGCUCUUUGUCAUCUACAGAAACGCCGGGCGCAGCGUGAAGUCUGUGCUGAAGGAGGGCGAGCCCCCCGGCACGCGACACAAAAAGCCCGCCGAGAACCUGCCGCUCAACAGCGACGCGGCGGCCGUCCCGGCCGACCACAGGGGCUACCGGACGCUUCGCGACAGCCGCGGCUCGCCGCCGCGGGAGCGCUCGUCGCCGGACGCCGGGUUCUCCGAGUCGGGCGGAAUGCCGCCCGCGCCGCAUUCGGACGCCGGCCCGCGGCCUCGAGUCAGACUGGGAUCCGACAUCAAAGACUCUGUGGUGUAAAGGCGCUCCUGCGGAUGCUGCUCGGGAGCGUCAGCGAUGCGGCGGUUUGAACAGCGGACACGAGCGUCACCCACGUUUUGCACGGCGUCCCGCCGUCCGUGAGCAUUUCUUUAGUGCGUUCGGAGCGUACCUUCAGACAUCGAGUGCGUUUGCUCAGAACCCGAGCGGUGCGGAAGUCCGCUCCAACCCGAGCUCACGGAUGAAAAGGUCACACACGCUCCCCUUCAGGACUUUGAGGAGAGCUCUUCAAACACUCCGAGAUGUUUCCUUUCAUUUUAUUUGUCAGGCCUGCCUGCCAGCCAGCCAUUAACACUCUUUGCCCUGGAGGCUAUGCAC